AUGGCGUACUUCAGAACAAUCAUAUCGAAAGUAUGUACAAAUACAGUGUCUAAGUGGAUUUUUACCUAUUUGUUUAAAUAUAUCUAUUGUUUAUGUUGUAUAUUAUUCAUAAUAUUAAAUUAUCUAUUUAUUAUACUAAUAUAGAUAGGAACGUGUGCCAAAUCGUUGUCUGGUAAUAUCCAACAGAGAUAUUUCCGUUAUUCCCCUGCUGUAUUUGGCGUCCGUAAAAUCGCUACGAGCAACUUGGACACCAAGCUUUUGCCGUAUGAUACUUUGAACAAAUGUAUUAAAAUGUUUACUAAUAGGUAUGUGUUUUACCGCAACUCUAUAUCAUUAUGGUAUAGUAUGAAUAUAACACUAUACUGCUUAUAUUACAUUCCAUUUAUAUUUAAUAAAUCUAUUUUAAAUACAGUAGAACCUCGAUUAACCGUUUUUCUCGGUAAACCGUAAGGCCAAAAAAGCACGUAAUAUGUUAAAACAACAAAAUUUAACCGAUUUUUAUAAUAUUAAUUAUUAAGUAUGUAUGUAAUUGUAAAUAAUAAAACUUUUUAAUAAAUUAAAAUUAAUAAUAAUAAUGUACCAAUAAGUAAUAGUACCUAAUUAUAUCAAUAUGUAUGUCAUAAUUACUAAAAAAAAAUAAUAAAUAAUAUGUAUGUAUGUUUAAAUUUUUGUUGCUCGCUUAAUCGUAUUUUCGAUUAUUCGUCAAAGCUCUGGUCUAGAGACUAACGGUUAAUCGAGGUUCUACUGCAGCUUCAAUUUUAAAAAAAAAAAAUUUAUAAUUAUAUAUUUAUAUAUAUAUAUAUAUAUACAUAAAUAUAUUUAAUAAAAUAUAUUAAUUAUAGUAUAAACUAACUUUGUAAUAUUUUUAAUUAUGUAAUUAUUUUUUAAUUAUUGUAAAUUAAAGUUCAAUUAUUUUUGACCGAUGUGAUUCCCAGGUUGAGAAACACUGUUGUAGAUGGUUAAAAUAAUUAAUUGGAAAUAAUGUUUGUGAAUUGGUACGAUAGUACAAACUUUAAAACAUAAAAAGCUAAAGGUUUAUAACAGUCCCAGAUAAAAACGUGUGUAAAGUUCAUAUUUAAUGAGCUUUAGAAAAUAUCUGUUUCUUAUUCAAAUAAAUAAAAAAAGAUAAGUUAAAUCCUCAUUUAUCAUAAUAUUCGAAAUACUAUUCAUAAUUAUGUUCAAAUUAUCAUUAACUGUUAAAUAUUGAAAAACACAUUUCUAUGAACACAUAUUUUUUUUUUAUUUUUUUAUUUAUUUUUAUUAUUAGAUUUUUAUUUAUAAAUUUAUUUUUAAUUUGAUGAUUUUAGUUCGGAAACAUGUAUACUAAAUAGUUAUCUACAUGUAUGUUAUAUUUUUAAAAAAAGUUCGUUAAGGCUAUUUUAUUAUUCAGUAAAAUAACUAUAGAAAACUUAACUUAAAAAAAUAAAAAAAAAUAGCUGAAUAUGUUUCGUACCAUAGGUGGCAGCUACUAAUGGAGGGAGAAAGUGUUUUUUGUGUAUUUAAUUUUUUUUUUAAUUUCUCAGUAUGGAAAUAAUUUUUUUUUUCUAUACAUCGAUGGUAGAAAGGAAAAAAGGCUUAAGAGAUAUUUUAUUAACUUUACGAAUUUUUUCUAAUUUUUUUUUUUAAAAUUGAAGCUGCAGUAGAACCUCGAUUAACCGUCAGUCUCGGGACCAGAACUUUGACGGAUAAUCGAAAAUACGGUUAAGCGAGCAACAAAAAUUUAAACAUGCAUACAUAUUAUUUAUUAUUUUUUUUUAGUAAUUAUGACAUACAUAUUGAUAUAAUUAGGUACUAUUACUUAUUGGUACAAUAUUAUUAUUAUUUUUAAUUUAUUAAAAAGUUUUAUAUAUAUAAUAUAAAAAAGAAAUAUAUAUAUAUAUAUAUCACUCCAGAACACGGUCUUAGAAGAUAACGUCCUAACUAAUAGUUUUUGAAAACUAGGGAUUUUUUGGAAAUACUGAACGCGUUCACUAUUUUAGUGUACGUUCUAAACACUGAAAAUAGCAGGGCUCGUAACUUGUAGUUUUACAAAUGGUUGCUAUAUAAUCGUAAUAAUAUCCUUUUAAAAACAUUCAUACAUACGCUUAACAAAAAAUGUAGUACAAUAAUGCCAACAAAUUUCGAAUUUAACUUCUUGGUCAGUUGAAAUAAAUAUACUUGGUCUACUUGGAGACAGCUAAGUCUCUAGGCGAUUAGGUUCUAAUAAAAUAAAUAUGUAAAUGUGCUUUAUAUUAUAAUAUAAUUCUACUAUUUAAUGUUGUUUAAAAGCUUGAAUUAUGCUGGUGGAGUGGACAAUAUGGGCUUCAAGAGCCCUGGACUCUUCAGAGCGCGGGUUUCUGUACUUGGGCAUGGGUCACACCUUCAUGUUAGCCGUUUAUGUAGCAGUGUCCAACAAACUAACGUCCGCCAUUAUUAUAGUAUGGUGACUGCAAUGUGUUUGGGCCGAGUGCCGUACCUGUGGUGGAAACUGCAGUCCAUUGAUAAAAAACAGAUGUAUGUGGACAUAGUGCGGGAAAACCGGAGAACCGUGUAUCUGACCGGUAUGGCAGUGAUGGGUCUGUUUGCAACGUUCUUGUUGUACCAUAUGGAGAUGGACCCCGAAACUGGGCGCACACGAUUAUUAUUGUAUGACAAUACACUGCUGAUCCAAGAGGCUGAAUCCUUAGUUGAAUUUUUAGUGAUAAAGAUGACUUUACAUGGACAAUUAGUGAACGCUUCGGAUCCCCAAUACAAGCGGGUAUCCAAUCUAUUAGUACGGCUGUUGAAUGCUAACAAGCACAUAAACGCCAUUCAAAACCAGUCGUGGUCAAUGAUAAUGUCCGAUGAUAUGAAUUAUGGAGCAUGUAUCUGCAUGGAUAAUGGAUUGAUAUUCGUGAAUAAAGCUUCAAUAAUGAGUAUCGAUGACGAUCAGGUGAUCUUUAUAAUUGGAAAAGAGAUGAGCCGCUGCACGGGGAGGCACUACAAUCAGUUACGGAGCAUGAUUUUCUUGAGCACGUUAGUCUUUACGAUAUUGAUCACACUCAUCUGGGCCACAAUGACCACACGGUGGGCCUUAUUUAUGCAUUCAGUGUGCUUCGCCGUUAAGGAUCUCGGUGUUACUGUUCCAUUCUUCCGCUUACUGGAGAACGAGGCUAACCAGGAUGGGAUCAAAGCGGCUACCAAUGCAGGGAUAAUCAUCGAUAAAGACAAGAAAGCCAAAUUUACCUACACAAACUUUAGGAUCCCUGAACGUUAA